CCCAGAUUUAUCUCAGCCCCACACCCACCCACAUAAUCCUUUCUUCUGCAUAUCACCAUGGAGAAAGAACAUCGGGAGCAAGUUGAGACCAUCGAAGCCUUGUCUCGUACAAGCAGCCGACAUAGCAGUUCUACGACACCUGUGCCAGCCGACUUGACACCUGAAGAACUUGAAAUCCAAAAGAAACUCGUCCGUAAACUAGAUUAUCGACUUAUGAUUUGGGCUUUCUUUGCCUACUGGGUCAACGGUCUCGAUCGAAACAACAUGCCUAACGCCUAUACGAACGGUAUGAAGGAAGAGCUGGAACUUGAAUCUUCUGCUUAUAACUGGGCUAUCACAAUGUUCUUUAUCGGCUAUGUCAUUCUCCAGAUUCCCGCAAACAUGAUUAUCACCAAAGUACGACCCAGUAUCAUGCUGCCCGCCGUAGUGACCCUCUGGAGUGCUAUUGUGUGCUUCAUGGCCCUUGUAAGUAACCACAGCUCGCUUUACGGUUUGCGUAUCUUGCUUGGUUUCUCAGAAGCCCCAUUCUACCCUGGUAUGGUCUUUUUACUCGGUAACUGGUACACUCGUCAGGAACUUGGUACCCGUACCGCCUUCUUCGUUGCUGGCUCCCAGUUCUCUGGUGCUUUCAGUGGCUUGAUUUCCGGCGCUAUCGCUGAAACCCUUGACGGUGCCCACGGUAUGCGUGGUUGGAAAUGGCUUUUCAUUAUUGAAGGUCUUAUCGGCGUUGUUAUUGGCGUUGUCGGUUUCUUUUUGAUUCCUGACUACCCUCACAACACUCGCUUCAUCCAGGGUGAGGAGCGUAAACUUGCUGUCAAGCGCCUGGAGCGCCAGGGCAAGAAGGUCAUAGCCACCGGUCUCAACCUUAAUACCCUCCGCAACGUUUGCACCACGCCAUAUAUUUAUCUUUUCAUCUUGAUCUUCACCUGCAUGCAGCUUGGUAUGGGUAUUCUCCAGCAGUUCGCUAUUAUCCUCCGUGAAUCCGGCUAUGAUUCUUCCUUUUCCAAUUAUAUGACUGUGCCUGUUUGGUGCUUGGCUGCUGUUGUCAUUGUCGCCCAAGGCUGGCUUUCCGAUCGCUACGGCGAGCGUCACUGGCAUAUCCAAGCUGGUGCUCUCUGGACCCUCAUCUUCUACGUUCUUCUUGUCGCUGUCAAUGCUGGCGAUGUCCCCAUCCCUCUUUUGUAUGUAUGUGUCUACAUGGUCGUCCCUGUGCUCGGUAUUUCACCCAUCAUGAUGACCUGGAACAACGAAAUCCAUCAAUGUGAUCCUGAAACUCGUGCCUUGGCCAUCGCUAUGGUUAACUCUAUUGGCAACCUCGCCCCCAACUUCAUUAACGUGGCCGCGUGGACUGUCACCCAAGCUCCUGCUUUCCGUAUCGGUAAGAUCGUCACCACUGCCACCACCGGUGUCAUGAUGAUUUUAUGUCUUAUCGUCUACUACUUGGAAAAGAAGAAGAUUCUGUUGCCCAAGGCUCAGCAGCGCAUCGAAACCGAGAGCGUCAAUGAGAAGAAAGAAGCUGAAGAAGUCUAAAAUAUUGUACCCUUUUCUGUUAAGCAGCUUAUCCCUCCCUUAAUCCCUCCAUCUCUACUCUUUCUGUACUUAUACGUAUAUAUAUAUAUAUAUACAUAUAUAUUAUACAUGUCUUAUCUCUGUUACUGUAAUUCUGUAAAUACUAUCG